AUGGCAAAGACACCCAUUCCUGUUGGCUUCACCAACAAACCCAGCGAGUGGUCCUGGGCCGUGGCAGCUCAUCUGCCCUACUUUGCCAAGUCAACCAACUACAAAAUCGCAGCCCUGCAAAACAGCUCAGUCAAAACAGCCAAGAAGGCUGUCGAUGUCCACAAGCUGGGAGACGAUGUGUAUGCUCACGACGAUGUCCAGUCGAUUGCCUCCGAUCCCAACGUCGACCUGGUCGCAAUUGCAGUCAAGGUUCCACUCCAUGCUGCUGCUGUCGAAGCGGCGUUGAACGCUGGGAAGUCCGUAUUUUGCGAAUGGCCUCUGGCACGAAACGGCGCCGAGUCUGAGCGCCUUGCGUCUCUUGCCCAACAGAAGGGUGCUUAG